UUUAGUUUCUCACUCGCUCGUGCAGCACACUGAACACUGCACACGGGACAUCGUGUCCCUGAUGUUGGCUCAUUUUUCAUCCCGAUGCAGAGUAUUGGGAGUGCUACGGGUGUGCCAUCUUGGCUUCGGCAGCCCGGGAUGCCAUGCCGGUGUUAGUUCUGUGUUGGUGUUGAACAGACAAGCUGGAGGGAGGCCUGGAAAACGACGGAACCACAGGGGUGACUACAAGUUCGUCGACAAACUUCGCAUACUGGCCAGUGGGGGCAAGGGAGGAGACGGAUGCAUCAGCCUCGAGGGAGACAACCCAACGAGGAAGCGGCCGUCGGGGGGGUCGGGGGGAGCGGGAGGGAACGUCUAUGCGAUCGCGGACGGCUCCUUGGAAACGCUGGACUCCCAGCUGCAUCACUUCAAUGGCCAACCAGGCAACGCGGGAGGAGGGUCUGGGAAGAAGGGUAGGACCGGCAAGGACGCCUAUAUUCGAGUUCCGUGCGGCACGCUCGUUUCGGAGGUGGUGCAGGAAGAAGAACACUACGGGUUCCAUCCUUGGGCACUGGCCGGCGGGAUCGAAUGCGGUGGGGAAAAGUCAAUCGCACAAGGAGCCGAGGGCGAAGAAGGAGGCGAGGAAUCUGCUUUCGACGGCGACAUUUAUUGGGGCGGAGAUAACGGCGAGGAGGGAGAAGAAGAAGAAGUGCGAUAUGUGGCCGACUUGGAGAAGGAUGGCGACAAGGUUCUUUUGGCGUCAGGAGGAAAACCGGGGCUAGGUAACCUGCACGUGGCGUCUCGCAGAGUGGGCACGAAAAUUCCUGGACAGCGCGGAGAGAGCCGGCACUACCGCUUCGAGCUGAGAACAAUCGCGGACGUGGGUCUUGUGGGGUACCCGAACGCCGGCAAGUCUACCCUGCUCGGGUGCAUCACGAGCGCUAAGCCCAAGGUCGCCAUGUACCCGUUCACUACCCUUACGCCCGUCGUGGGACACGUCGAGUACUCGGACACAAUCCGCCUCCGAGUGGCAGACAUCCCCGGUCUCAUCGACGGGGCGCACCGAAAUCGUGGGCUUGGGCACGAGUUUUUGCGGCACGUGUCGAGGACUCGGGCGCUCAUGUUCGUGGUAGAUGCAGCGGGGUCGGAGGGGCGAGACCCGGUGGAUGACCUCAUGAGCCUCAAGGAGGAGCUGAGGCUGUACGACGGCGAGCUGGCAGGAAAGCCGGCUUUCGUAGUGGCGAACAAGACUGACUUGCAGGAGACCGAAGGGCAUCUCGAGAGGCUGCGCAGUGCUGCCGGUCCUCUACCAGUCGUCCCUAUCAGCGCCCUCGAGUCUAGAGGGUUGUUGGAGUUGGUCGUGACGAUGCGACAAGUUCUAGAGGAACACUCGCCUGGCAACCGCACUGAUACGUCGGGCCGUGAAAGCGAAGUAGGGGAUCAAGACGGUGCUGCAGAUGGAGGUAGACAUGUAGAGGAAGCCGGCGGCGGCGGAAAUGACAUUGAGAAGGGCCCCGCGGUGCCCGGAACAAUGCCAACGGCACGAUGGAUGCGUGAGGAGAUGUAGACGAAGCUGUGUAAAGCUAGAAUAGAACCAAUCCAUCACGCAGGGCUCUGUGAUGUGCU